CAGUGCACACCCUUUAGGCAUGGCUACAUGGUGAGAGGCGACCACAGCGGUGAUCGUAAGCCCAUGGUGGGCAGAGGCCCUACGGAACCGAGGGCUCCGGCCGCCACCCCCCUCCGCCACCAGCAGCGCUGCCACGGCCUCGCUCUUCCUCCUCCUCCUCAGACGCCGGCUCGGAUGAUCUCCUGCCAUGACUCAGCGCUUCUCGCUCCUCGCAGGCUGCCCUGCUGGGGACACCAGCUUCGCUCGGGCCCCUCCCGACGCGUCCACCCCCUCUCGCCACCCACACCCGCCCCCAGCUGCUGGGCCUUUCACCGUGCGGCCGCCGCCGCAGCUGCAGUUAGCACCGGCGCCCCAGCAGCAUCUGCCGCCUGUACCCCGCGUGCCGCCAGCCCCGGCCUGACCCCGCUGCCGAAUCCAGCGCCAGCCAUGGAGCCUGAAGUCCCCCGUCGCCGCCACACCCACCAGCGCGGCUACCUGCUGACGCGGAACCCUCACCUCAACAAGGACUUGGCCUUUACCCUGGAAGAGAGACAGCAAUUGAACAUUCAUGGAUUGUUGCCACCUUCCUUCAUCAGUCAGGAGAUUCAGGUCCUUAGAAUACUAAAAAAUUUUGAGCGUCUGAAGUCUGACUUUGACAGGUAUCUUCUCUUAAUGGAUCUCCAAGAUAGAAAUGAAAAACUCUUUUAUCGAGUGCUAACGUCUGACAUUGAGAAAUUCAUGCCUAUUGUUUAUACUCCCACUGUGGGUCUGGCUUGCCAACAGUAUAGUUUAGUGUUUCAGAAGCCAAGAGGUCUCUUUAUUAGUAUCCAUGAUCGCGGGCAUAUUGCUUCAGUUCUCAAUGCAUGGCCAGAAGAUGUCAUCAAGGCCAUUGUGGUGACCGAUGGAGAGCGUAUUCUUGGCUUGGGAGAUCUUGGCUGUAAUGGAAUGGGCAUCCCUGUGGGUAAAUUGGCUCUAUAUACAGCUUGUGGAGGGAUGAAUCCUCAAGAAUGUCUGCCUGUCAUUCUGGAUGUGGGAACCGAAAACGAGGAGUUACUUAAAGAUCCACUCUACAUUGGACUACGGCAGAGAAGAGUAAGAGGUUCUGAAUAUGAUGAUUUUUUGGAUGAAUUCAUGGAGGCAGUUUCUUCCAAGUAUGGCAUGAAUUGCCUUAUUCAGUUUGAAGAUUUUGCCAAUGUGAAUGCAUUUCGUCUCCUGAACAAGUACCGAAACCACUAUUGCACAUUCAAUGAUGAUAUUCAAGGAACAGCAUCUGUUGCAGUAGCAGGUCUCCUUGCAGCUCUUCGAAUAACCAAGAACAAACUGUCUGACCAAACAAUACUAUUCCAAGGAGCUGGAGAGGCUGCCCUAGGGAUUGCACACCUGAUUGUGAUGGCAAUGGAAAAAGCAGGUUUACCAAAAGAGAAAGCCAUCAAAAAGAUAUGGUUGGUUGAUUCAAAAGGAUUAAUAGUUAAGGGACGUUCUUCCUUAACACAAGAGAAAGAGGAGUUUGCCCAUGAACAUGAAGAAAUGAAGAACCUAGAAACCAUUGUUCAAGAAAUAAAACCAACUGCCCUCAUAGGAGUUGCUGCAAUUGGUGGUGCAUUCUCAGAACAAAUUCUCAAAGAUAUGGCUGACUUCAAUGAACGGCCUAUUAUUUUUGCUUUGAGUAAUCCAACUAGCAAAGCAGAAUGUUCUGCAGAGCAGUGCUAUAAAAUAACCAAGGGACGCGCAAUUUUUGCCAGUGGCAGUCCUUUUGAUCCAGUCACUCUUCCAAAUGGACAGACCCUAUAUCCUGGGCAAGGCAACAAUUCCUAUGUGUUCCCUGGAGUUGCUCUUGGUGUUGUGGCGUGUGGAUUGAGGCACAUCACAGAUAAGGUUUUCCUUACUACUGCUGAGGUUAUAGCUCAGCAAGUGUCAGAUAAACACUUGGAAGAGGGUCGGCUUUAUCCUCCUUUGAAUACCAUUAGAGAUGUUUCACUGAAAAUUGCAGAAAAGAUUGUGAAAGAUGCAUACCAAGAAAAGACAGCCACAGUUUAUCCUGAACCGCAAAACAAAGAAGCAUUUAUCCGCUCCCAGAUGUAUAGUACUGAUUAUGACCAGAUUCUACCUGAUUGUUAUUCUUGGCCUGAAGAGGUCCAGAAAAUACAGACCAAAGUUGACCAGUAGGAUAAUAGCAAACGUUUCUAACUCUAUUAAUGAGGUCUUUAAACCUUUCAUAAUUUUUAAAGGUUGGAAUCUUUUGUAAUGAUUCAUAAAAUGCUUAGAUUAAGAUUUUACUUUAAGAGUCUAAAAAUUAAUGGAAGAAUAUUGAUAUAAAUUGGGAUAAACAUCAUUUGAGACAAUUUUGCUUCAUUUUGGCUUCCCGUUAUUUAUGGUUUCUAUCUGAAUUAUUCUGCCUACAUUCUCUUUAAAAGCUAUUGUACCUACUACUGAGAAACUCAUUGUUUUUAUACAUGAAACUAAUGGGAAGACCAAAAUUAGUAAUAAAUUGAUAUAAUCAACAUUAAAAUGCAUAAUUCUUUGGUUGACCAUUUUGUUAAAAUCUUUUUUUUUAAAAAAAGGUAGAAUUGAAUCUAGGUGUAGGUGAACUUUUGCUAAGCAGAAAUAACAUAACACUGUGUUGUUGCCUAGAGAAAGAUAACUUCUCAGGUAUUUUUAUUCCAGUCCUAGAUCAUAUAUGUUCUUUAGUGCAGCCGAAUUCUAACAUUUCUAAGAAAGAUCAUUGCUGUUUACAAUGCCUUGUACAGCCUUAGAUUUUAAUAUUAUUUUGUCAUUGUUAUAGCUCAUAGAGUAAAGCUAUUAUUACCUUGCUCCAGAGCCAGAAAUCCCACCUAAAACUACCUUUAUUUCCCCUUGAUCAGUCAUCCUAUCCUUCAGCUACUAUACUGUUGCUGCAGGGCCUUUGUGGACUGUGGUCCCUGUUCAGAGGUUGAUACCUUUAGUUCAGCACAGCCUGAGCAGUGAGGAGGUCUGAAAGGAGAGAAUAAAGUUAAGAUACGUGAGCAAGGGCUGCCUGAGGAACUGACCUCUUAAAGAUCUCAGGAGUUAGUUCCUACUGGAGUUACCUGCCACAAUGGCCUCUUGAUUAACUCAAGUAACUAAGGGCUCACUGUGUUAGGAUCACCUCACUUUCUCCUGAAUUUGGACAAAGUGUUAUAAUUAAGUUCCCAAUAUCAGAAAUUAUCUUAAGGUAUUAAAAUAUCUUGAUUACCAAAACCGUUCUAUAAGAAAGAGUAGUUAUAUGCCCAGAUUGUAUUAAUUUAUUUUAGAAACUAAUGGUUGAAGUAAUGGAAAAAAUUUUAAAUUAUAAAGCUAAGGUGCAAUAACAUUUGCUAUUUAUUUGUAGAAUUAUUUGAAGAAUUUUGUUUUUGAAGUAAUGCUUUAAGGAGUAUAAGAUGUUCAAAAUAAAUUAUACUAUAAAAUGAUUUUAUUGAAAGUUGAAGGUUACGCAAAUUGUUUUAGGUAUAAGCAGAAGAGGUUAAGGUAUUUCUAAAGGUAACAUAUAGUCAAGAGUUUUCUCAAAAUAGUUAUUUGGAGAAGAAUCAGAAUGUCUAUGUAUUUCUUGUCUAUGUUGUCUUAGAGUUCUAACCAAAUGUGUUUACCCAUGCAAAAGAUUUAUUAAAGCAUAGAAAAAGUGAACGAAUAAAAAUAUAAAAUAAUU